AUGCAUUGGAAAAGCUACAUCGCCACAAUCGGCCCAAGGAUCAACCAUCUUUGGUCUAAGUGUAGCAUUGAGUCUAGUUUGAGUCCCACCCAAGUCCCACCCAUGUUUCAAGAAGCAAAGAAUCCAAGAAGGGCCGCGGCACAACAAAAUCCGGCCAUUGGAACACUAUUGCACAAGGCAAAGAAUGGCCGACGAACUCAAAACCUCAAGAAGGCGCGAACACCGGUGGAAACUGAUCCUCUGGAGUCCAAAAAACACCAAGGAAGAAGAAAGGAAGGAGACGAUCGAACAGAAUACAAGAUGGCCAAAGGAAUCACAUCCCGAAGCCAUUGGCGCGCACGACGAAAGAUCUCCGAAUCCACACGUUCAAAUCGCCUCAAACUUCACAAGGAGCCACAAAACAUAAGGUUGGUCGAUGAAAUUCAUUUCAGUACAAUGAAUUCCUUACAAUUCAAGAGAUGGCCGAUGGAGAAAUUUGGCCGAUCGCGAGCAAGUAAAAUGGCCGACAAUCCAAAUCACGGCAUUUACCGCGGCCACCGGCUCAAAUCACCUCCAUCAAGCUCCACAUCGCAUCUAAAGAAGAAAAUCCAGAUUGGAACGAGCAGAAUUGGAGAAGACCGAAGGAAGACGUUCCCGGAGCCAAUUUGA